CGUGCACUCAAGACGCGUACCUACUAAACACGUCUCCCUCACACCCUACAACCAAUCCACCACCACCACCGCGAUGACGACUCUCUCCUUCACGCUCUCCCCACAAUCCACCCAGCACCUUCACGAAACGCUCUCCUGCCUGUCAAAAUUCAGCGACCAAAUCUCCCUCGAGGCACGCCGCCACCAACUCUGUGUCUCCGCGCUAAACUCCACCAAAUCCGCCUACGCCGCCUUCCACCUCAGCGCAGACCGCUUCUUCACCGAGUACACGUACAUCCCGCCACCGAACACGCGGCGCGACGCCGCGGCCGGCGACCGCUUCACCUUCCGGCUCCAAGCCAAAGCGCUCCUAGCCGUAUUCCGCCUCCGAGAGGCCAAAGACAAGGGCACGAACAUCUCGAAAUGCGAAGUGCGCCUGUGCCUGGACCCGGCGCGGCUGGCCGUCAGGAUGUGGUGCCACCACGGCGCGCUGAAGAUGUACAAACUCACGUUCGAGGAGGUCGACAUCCAGCAUGCGAUCUUUGAUCGCGCGUCGGCGCCCCAGCGCUGGAGGAUCUCUGCUGCCCUGCUGAAGGAGUACAUGGAGCAUUUCGGGCCGCGCGCGGAGCAGCUGGAUAUUUCCUCGUCGAUAUCGACUGGCCGGGCUGCGUUCACUAGCUUCACGGAGAAGUUGAUCGAUGGGAAGGAAAUCCUCAAGCAGCCGCUGCAGACGAGUGUUGCGCUAGACACAGCGGAUUUUGAGGAGUUUGUGGUGGCGGAUGGGUUGCAUAUCGCGGUUAGUUUGAAGGAUUUCAAGGCCAUUACGGCUCAUGCGGCCUCACUAGAGGUGGCGGUUGAAGCGUGGUAUGAUAAGCCUGGGAGACCAAUGCAGAUCGCAUAUGUGAGAGAUGGGAUGGAGGUGUUGUUUACGCUCAUGACGGCGGCAGAUGUGAGAUCCAGCCAGAAUUUUGCGGCGAUGGGGAGGAUUGUAGCUGUACAGAGGGAGCGACAGCGACCGCCGACGCAGGAGGAGCAAUGGGAACAUGAACGGCAGCAGAGCCAGCAGCAACAAAGUCAACAGCAGCAGCAACAGAGUCAACAGCAGCAGCAACAGAGUCAACAGCAGCAACCACAAAGCGAACACACCACUCAACCCCAAGAAACGCCCUCUCACAGCAAUAUCCACCAUAGCAUCCACACUAACGACAGUGUCCCUCCCGAGAAUUCAACAAACUACCAGGCCUCAACGCCUCCUUCGAUGAUCAAGCCUGAGCCUGUCACCCCCGGGGCCGGUGUCGCGGCCGAAGUCCCACUAUUCCUCAACUUCUCCGAGGACGACGACGACGAUGACGACAUAUUAUCCAACAAUCUUGAUAACGAGCUUGGGAGCGUCAGCCUCGGAUGGGAUACGCAGGUUGCCAGGCUGGCGCCGAGAACUAGGCCGACUAUUGAUGAUGAUGAGGAGGAAGAGCAGGAGGAGGAUGAGGAGGGCGUAGGACCAACGCAACAGAGUGCUCCACCGCCGAGAGGGCUGUUUGAUUGAUCGAGCUGCAACUAUCGUUUCAGCCAUGUUUUUCUUCUACAGAUAACCCUCGUGAAGAGGAUGAAGUGUGCACACCACUUUGUUACAUCGAGCACCCUGCAAUAUCAGGAACUGUAUCUGCUUGGUCACGGUGGAAGGCAUGGGGUUACAUCGCCUUUCUACAUGUUGCCAUGAUCUACAUAGGCCCCAUGCGAUUGAUGAUUCAACGAGCAAAUAAUGUCGUCUUUCUACAGCCCAGGGAAUGUGUGUAUGACUAUAUUUUAGAUAGGCUACCUAUAAGAUCAAUGAAGAACAAAAACAUUCUCACCUUAAUAGGGGAUGUCAUCACAAG